UAAUCUGUCUCGAUCUCUUCAAGAAUUGGGUUGAUCUCUCUCUCUGUGUCUCAAUCUCAAUGGCCUCACUCCAUUCUGUCCCAAAAUGGAUGCCGAGCUCGAGCCCAACACAAUCCACAAACCCUCUCCUCAGCCACCCUCCCUUCCAACAAGAAUCCGAAGACCACAUCUCUCUUGAUGAAAUUACUCCGAAACCAUUGCAAAGAAACCCGAGCCUAAAAAUCUCUGACAUUGAUGAAAAUGCAUCGGGCACCAGCAAGCGCUUCUUCCACCUCCAUGCACCAGCUCUCCAACCAGGCAAUAUUCGCUCCGAGCCCACUUCUGGGAGGAGUGUCGAAAUGGGCAGGACCCAGCACAAGUCGGUUCAAGUGGAUAUGGAUCCACUUGGCUCGGCUGGUUCCGGUGUGUCACUAACGUGGACCAACCUAUGUGUCAUGGCUGAUGGGAAAGAGGGUGGAAGCACAAUUUUAAGGGGGCUCAAUGGGUGCGCCCAACCAGGCGAAUUUUUGGCUAUCAUGGGUCCAUCAGGCUGUGGAAAGUCGACCCUUCUCAAUGCACUUGCUGGGAGGUUAAAUUCUAAUGUAGUGCAUAUCAACGGUCGUAAACAAGCCCUGGCAUAUGGAACCUCGGCUUAUGCGACCCAGGAUGAUACACUCAUGAGCACUCUAACAGUAUGGGAAGCGGUGUACUACUCAGCCCAGCUCCGAUUGCCAAGCUCCAUGUCGAGCUCUCAAAAGAUAGAGGGGGCUGAGAUAACCAUUCAAGAGAUGGGUUUACAAGAUGCAAUACACACAAGGAUUGGGGCCUGGGGGGUUAAGGGACUCAGCGGUGGCCAAAAGAGAAGAGUGAGCAUUUGCAUUGAGAUCCUCACGAGACCUAGCCUUCUCUUUCUUGAUGAGCCCACUAGUGGGCUCGACAGUGCUGCGUCUUACCAUGUCAUGACUCGAAUUGCCCGUUUGGCCCUGCAUGAUGAUCGAACUGUGGUUGCUUCGAUACACCAGCCUAGUGCUGAGGUCUUCGGCCUCUUCAACACACUAUGCCUCCUCUCCGGUGGGAAGACACUGCAUUUUGGCCGGGCUUCCGAAGCCAAUGCCGUUUUUACACUCAAUGGCUUCCCUUGCCCUUCAUUGAGAAACCCCUCGGAUCAUUUCCUCCACACCAUUAACACCGAUUUUGACAAGGAUAUUGAGCAAGGUUCCGAUGCCGAGGCAACAGAAGCUGCUAAGGCGAUUGAUAUCUUAGUCAACUCUUACAAUUCCACCAUUGCAAACCAAGUCUUUGCUCAUGUAGCUGAUAUCUCCAAGAGGGAGGGAGAAGCAUUGACAAAGAAAGGGAGCCAAGCAAGCUUCUUUACACAAGCGUCCGCCUUAACAAGAAGAUCUUUUGUGAAUAUGUAUAGGGAUUUCGGUUACUACCGGUUGCGCCUAGCAAUCUACAUUGCGUUGUGCCUGUGCAUAGGUACCAUCUUCUUUGACAUUUGCCACAGCUUUGGCUCUAUUCAGGCAAGAGGGUCCAUGCUCAUGUUUGUUGCAGCAUUCUUGACGUUCAUGGCGAUUGGAGGCUUCCCCUCCUUUGUGGAGGACAUGAAGGUCCCUUUUAAUUACUAUAUUUUCAUAUAG